AUGGAACCAACAUUCAAAACUUCAGAAAUAGCCUAUGACAUCUCCCCAUACCUAAUCGAAUACAAAGAUGGAACCAUUCAAAGACUCGCCGGAACCGAGUGGGUCCCACCAGGGUUCGACCCACAAACCAACGUCACCUCCGAAGACAUCAUCAUCAUCCCUGAAUCCGGCGUCUCCGCCAGAAUAUACCGCCCUUCAACCACCAUUCACAACCGCCCUAUCCUCCUUUACCUACACGGCGGAGCUUUCGUAAUAGCCUCCCCUGGUCUCCCUUACUACCACAAUUUCUGCAACCAAUUAGUACAAUCUACUGAUAUCAUAAUAAUCUCUCUAGAUUACAGACGGGCCCCCGAAAACCCACUUCCCGCCGCCUUCCAUGAUUCAUGGGCGGCGAUCGAAUGGAUCGCUGCCCAUAAACCUGAUAAAUGGAUCCACGACGGUAUUGACUAUCACCGAUUGUUCAUAGCAGGGGACAGUGCUGGUGCAACAAUGACCCAUCAUAUAGCUUGUAAGUUAACCGAUUCGGGUUUGGGUAAACAAAUAUCCGUUGAAGGGGUGAUUCUUAUCCACCCGUUUUUCAGAGGAAAAGAUCCGAUUGGAUCCGAGAUUAAUGACCCGAGAAAAGGGGUAGUUGAUGGGUGGUGGAAUUAUGUGUGUAGAUCUGAUAAAGGGUGUGAUGAUCCGUUUAUAAACCCGUUUAGUGAUGGAGCUCCAGAAAUUGAAUCUGUUGCAGGAAAGAGGAUGAUUGUUCUUGUUGCUGAGGAAGAUGUUCUUAAAGAAAGAGGGAAGUAUUAUUAUGAUGGAAUAGUAAAGAGUGGAUGGAAAGGUAAGGUAGAGUUGUUUGAAUCAAAGAGAAAAGGGCAUGUUUUUCAUAUAUUUGAUCCUGAUUGUGAUGAGGCUAUGGAGUUGAGGAGGAACUUGGCUUCUUUUAUUAAUGGUGAAAUAUGA